AGCCAAUUAGAUAUAUCUCCUUCAACUACAACCUCCAAAUUCGACGCCAUCACCACCAAAACGACAUUGCAAAAUGCACCGUUUCAACCCCAUCAUCCGCGGCUACCAGAGUCUCAACAAUAGAGCUGCCACCUCUGGAUCCCUUGUCUCGCGCUUAACAUCCCGGUCCGUAAUCCGGUUCGGUGGCCCAGACACCAUCAAAUUCCUUCAAGGUCUGCUAACCAACGAUGUGCGGAGAUUUGGUAAACAACCAGACGAGGGAACGUCGUGUUUGCCCUCUCCCAAUAUGCCUACCGUCUCUGUGCCGCCUAUGUACGCUGCUCUUUUGACUCCUCAGGGGAGGUUUUUGUACGAUUUGUUUUUGUAUAGACCGCCACGGUCUGGAGAGAAGCUUGAUAGUAGAGGGUCUGGACCCGGGUCGGACAAUGGUGAGUCGGUUGAACUGUUGGCGGAUGUCGACUCUUCGGUUCUUGAUGAACUAUUGCAGACUUUUAAAAGAUACCGUUUAAGAUCAAAGGUUGAGAUUGACAAUGUGGCAGAAAACUUCUCUUGCUGGCAGCGUUUUGGUGGGAAACUUUCUGAAAAAUCAAUAGUUGAAGAAGAACCAGAGGCAGCUAGCAUUGGCUGGGGCUCUGGUGUUGAUCAUUGUGCCAGUUCAACUGUACAUGGGGGUGAUCAUGGAUGGCAAUGGUUUAAGGAUCCUAGAUUGGAAUGUCUUGGUUUCCGAGGAAUCUUUCCAUCUAAUAAGACACCACCUAUGGUUGAAGUUGACAAACAAACAGAUGAAGAAAAUUAUCAACUGGGUAGAAUAGAGAAUGGAGUUGCUGAAGGCUCAACUGAGAUUCCCAAAGGUGAAGCAAUUCCACUUGAAUACAAUCUUACCAGUUUGAAUGCAAUAAGCUUUGACAAAGGAUGCUAUGUGGGUCAAGAGCUUAUUGCUCGCACAUACCACAGGGGGGUCAUUCGAAAGCGUUUGCUUCCUUUAAUGUUUCUAGAUCAUAGUGGAAAAGAGGUGGAGCAAAAAGUUGCUCCCGGCUCAGAAGUGAUUGACACUGCAUCUGGCAAGAAGGUUGGGCCUGUGACAGCUGCACUUGGCUGUCGAGGGCUCGGUCUUUUGCGAUUGGAGGAAGCAUUUAAAACUUCAGGUUCUUUAACCAUACAAGGACAGGAGGAUGUCAAGGUUGAGGCUAUUAGACCAAAAUGGUGGCCAGCUGAAUGGUUUCCAGAGAAUCGACAGUAUAGUGCGGUUGCUUAGAAUGUUACCUCUGGAGGCAAGGGCCAAGGUUUCCAUGUUUCUUAACUUGAUCAAUCCUGCACAUUCUUUGCCUUUACUGCCAGUGCAGGUAUCUUACAUGGUAAAAAACUUGUAGCUUGUUUCGUGCUUCUCAAGAGAAAAAAUAGUUAAAUGCUUCUUGUAAUAUUUCUAUUACCCUCAUUAAUACAAGAAGAAUCAUGUCUAGAUAUAUUUUCUCAAAGCAAAUUGUACCAGUGAUCUCAAACAUCUGUGAUGAAAUUCUUGGUCCUCGGUAGAAGCAGGAAUGGAAGUUGUUCUAUGUAGAAGAACUUUUCUCAGAA